AGCUCAGCGAACUGGGUCGACCGUUCACAGGAGGUUCAUGGUGUGGCAAAGCAACCGGACCACAAUUGUACUUCAGUGAAACGUCAACGGUGACAGCAUCAGUAAAGCGGACCGGAAAUGCUGGUAGCUUUUCAUUCAAGUCCUUUUUCAGCACCGCUGCAACAAGGCAUACCAAAUCGUGGUUUCGAGUUAGAUGUUGACAUAUUAUUUACCGACUCGGACUCUUACGACUUCGCGCUCGGCACAAAAAACAUUUGUGAAUUCCACAUUAACGCAUCGAAUCCAGAUGAUGUGCUUUUCUCUCGACGCGGACGAAUGGGACGCAUUGUAAGUCCACGACAUACGCUUCCGCCAAAUACAACGUGCACGUACCAUUUUCAUGGAUAUCCUGGCGACCUGAUUUGGUUAUCGUUCACCAGUUACAAUCUGCAGAUACUACAGCAAGCGAUACACGACAACAACACUUUAGGACGAGCCGAUUUACCACCAUGGAUUACACGUUUACGCAUGUGGGAUAGCUAUGGCACUUAUAUACCUAUAAAGAUGACUAGCGCAACGACUGGUCAGCCACCACCGCCACCCCCCGUAGCGUCUUCAGCAGCCGGUGGCAAGCCGACAACAAUAAAUCAAACUGGUUACGGUAACUAUUACUACAGUCCACAUAAUCCUAAGCUGAACAAAAAUUUGCGAGUAAACAUUGAUAACGCUUGGAAUCCAGUCGACACAUACAUUUACGGUCCAACGCAGUCCAGCAUUUUUAAUCAAGAAAAUAAAUACAGCGGAUACCAACAGGCAGGUUCCGGUGCAGCGAAAAGUGGCGGUUCUGCGGGCAGUAUUUCGGGUGUUAAGGAGAGUCUCAACUAUAUUUCAAGUAAAAAAGAAAUAAAAGAUGCAGCAUACAGUGCGGAUAAAAAUGCUGUUGCUCUAAUGAGCACCAAAGGUAAACGUCGACUAAUGCUGGAAAUUUACGACUACGAAACACCAAAACUAUGUGAUCAUACAGCCAUUGGUAGCACUGCGCUUGGCGGUAAUAAAUUGCGACCGUGUAGUCCUUUGGAAAGCUAUGUUAGCUCGGGCAGAGAUUUGAAAUUGGAAUUUCACACUCAUACCGGGACUGCACUGUUUCCAGCACAAUUCUCGUUAAAUUACGAGUUUGUAGAUACUGAGCAAGGUGGUGAGCCGUGGCCAGGCCGUCGUGGCGAAGAACCUGUGCCACAAUUAUGUUCUCGUAUAUUUCGCAAGCGUAAAGGCAAUAUUCAAGUGCCACGUAAUGUAUUCUUGUUCGGACGUGGUGGUGCUAAAAAUCUUACCUGUUUGUAUCGUUUCGAGGCUGGUCCAUCGGAACGAGUUAAAUUGGUGUUGCAUAAUGUAUCUUUUGGUGAUGGCACAACAUGUACUACAGACUCAGAUUUACAUACUGGUCGACCACGUUGUAAUCAAUUGGAUCCUGAGGGACGUAUUACAGAACUCAAACUAUUUGAUGUACCAUUUCGUGAUGUUAAAAUUCAGCUCGGUUGCUUUUGUGAUAACUCAAGCGCACUUUAUAGUAACGCCCCGCUCACAUUUAUCUCAAAUUCAAGAGUAAUGGAACUAUCAUUCACUGUUAGUCGUUUAAAUAUUUCAGAAGACUUUGCCGAUGUGUUUUUCUUUGCUUCUUAUGAAUUUAAACGAGUGAGCGAAUGUCGUAAACGUCUCAAACUGAAAGGUUCCGGUGGUGAAGAUGAAAUUAAAUACCCAAUGAAAUCGCAGGACUCUAGUUGUGAAGGUUUGUCGUGGUAUAUUGAAGCGCAAACGCUUGAACGUUCAUUAUUUGUGCAAACGUGGGGAUCAUACUUACCAGUAGAUCCAACAUCUGAGGAUGCUAUGCGUUGUCAUACUAAAAAUCGCUUGAUGGUUUACUCUGGUCGGCCACUUAAAGUAAUGCGUGUAGUCUGCCCCGCACAAAGUGGGCCACGUCCAACUUCACUACAUAUAUUCUCUGAGGAUUGGACAAAUGGUCAUCAGUUAUUUACCAACAAACCUGUGAGUUUAGUAUUGGAACCAAUACUAAAAGAACCGGGAGAUAUUACAUUCACAUGGUUGGAAAUACAUCGCACGAAAAAUGCAUUGCUACAGCAAUUUGAUCUCCAAAGUAAUGCAAGCAGCGGGGCAACUACUGGCAACGAUACAAUUGGUGAAUUUGGAUUUUAUCCAAGAGAAGCGGAUUGUGAAUAUAAAUGUCCAGAAAUUGAUGCAUGCAUUGCUGCCAACUUAUGGUGUGACGGACACCAUAAUUGCCCUUCAGGCUUUGAUGAGUCUGAAGAAGAAUGCGGCACAGCACGCAAAUUACUUGAACUGCCUGGCGGCGUGUUUGCAGCACUCGGUUGUAUAGCAGCCGCCAUCACUGCCUGCCUCAUAUUCUGCAUAUUCGGUUUAGUGAGAAAACGCAAGAAAUCAGUGGUACAGAAAACAAUUAUGAAUGGCACAUUAAAGAAGGACUUUAAAAAGGAAUCCCUGUUUAUUGAUCCAGCAUCCUGACACGGGCUGCAGCCGGUCGAAUAUAUACAUGUCGAUCGGGAAACCACAGUGUGAUAUGUUGUGUGGGCUGAUUGCAAAUUGUUUUUAACUGUAUUCAUUUAAAUGUGUUUGAAUCCUAACCGUAAUUAAAACCUAAUUGUAAGUAAUUAAGAAAAAAAUUUAAAAUAUAUAAAAAAUGAAUUUUUCUAGACGCC